AUGCCGCGCUCCUUCCUCGUAAAAAGCAAGAAAGCGCACACUUACCACCAGCCUCGAGCCCAGGAAGACUCUCUUCUCUGGCCACCCGCCCUUGGCCCUGCGGUUCAGGGUGAGGUUCUGGACCCUGACCCUGUCCUUACUGCCCUGUUUCCGACCCCCUGCCUGGACUGGGCCCCCCUCAAGCGAGGGCCAGAACUGAACUCGGAAACAAGUGUGACCAGAACAGCCUUGGUGCCAGAAUGUCCCCGAGCUCUGGACCGGGCCUCGCCAUCCUGUGAAUCGCCCCCCUUCUACAAGCCCAGCUUCUCCUGGGAUGCCCUGGCCGCCUCCUACAGCCACAGCUAUGGCCCAGCCACUUCCACCAUGCAGUCCGCCUUCCUGGAGCGUGCUGUCAGCCUGUACGGCAGCCCCCUGGUGCCCAGUGCCGAACCACCUUUGGACUUUAGCGUCCACUACUCCCCAGGCUUGGACACGUACCAUUGCAUCAAGUGCAACAAGGCCUUCUCCACUCCGCAUGGCCUGGAGGUGCACGUGCGUCGGUCUCACAGCGGGAUGCGGCCCUUCUCCUGUGACAUCUGUGGCAAGUCCUUUGGCCAUGCUGUGAGCCUGGAGCAGCAUAUGCUUGUCCACUCCCAGGGGAUCCCGGCCGUGUCCAGUCCCGCACCCAGCAUGGUCGCCCCGCCUGCAGCUGACUCCCAGGCGCCCCGUUUCCCUCGGCAGGAGCGCACGUUCGAGUGCCGGAUGUGCGGGAAGGCCUUCAAGCGCUCAUCCACGCUGUCCACGCACCUGCUCAUCCACUCGGACACGCGGCCCUACCCCUGCCAGUUCUGCGGGAAGCGCUUCCACCAGAAGUCGGACAUGAAGAAGCACACGUACAUCCACACCGGUGAGAAGCCCCACAAAUGCCAGGUAUGCGGGAAAGCCUUCAGCCAGAGCUCCAACCUCAUCACGCACAGCCGAAAACACACGGGGUUCAAGCCUUUCAGCUGCGAGCUGUGCGCCAAGGGCUUCCAGCGCAAGGUGGACCUGCGGCGGCACCGAGAGAGCCAGCACAAUCUCAAAUGA